CGGGACAUGGCCUUCUGACUCUGAACGUCAGGAAAAAGGAUUCCUUUAUUAACAAUAACGUUCAUACGGCUUCUAUCUCCGAGAGAGCGAUCGAGAAAUGGCUUCGUGGAAUUCAAUUCCGCUGGAGAUCACUUAUGAGGUUCUGGGAUGGACGGCUUUCCUAUCAUGGUCCAUCAGUUUCUACCCGCAGGUCAUCUUGAAUUUCCACAGGAAAAGUGUGGUGGGGUUGAACUUCGAUUUCGUGCUGCUCAAUUUGACGAAGCACUCUUCGUAUCUCAUAUACAACACAUGCCUCUACUUCAGCUCUGCUAUUCAGAAGCAGUACUAUGAAGAAUACGGCUAUGGACAGAUGAUUCCUGUGGCUGCAAAUGACGUUGCUUUCUCUAUCCAUGCUGUUCUUUUGACAGCAAUUACCUUGUUCCAAAUUGUAAUAUAUGAUCGUGGAAGUCAGAAGGUUUCCAAAAUAGCUAUUGCGAUUGUCUCUGUUGUGUGGUUAUUUGCUGCUGUUUGUUUUUUCAUAUCUCUGCCAACUCAUUCUUGGCUUUGGCUGAUCACCAUCUUUAACUCAAUUCAAGUUUUUAUGACAGUUAUCAAGUAUAUUCCCCAGGCAUUUAUGAACUUUGCAAGAAAGAGUACAGAUGGAUUUAGCAUUGGCAACAUUCUACUUGAUUUUUUUGGAGGGGUGACAAAUUAUGCACAGAUGGCUGUGCAAUCUAUAGAUCAAGGUUCUUGGGUGAACUUUUAUGGAAACAUAGGGAAGACGUUGCUGUCUCUGGUAUCUAUAUUCUUUGACAUCAUUUUCAUGUGUCAACAUUAUGUUCUCUAUCCUGAGAAAAAGGCCCAAGUCUCUCCCAAACUCAUUGAGGAAAACAGAGAGCCGCUUGUUAAGUCUUCUGAUGAUCAGCCACAAUCAGAAAAUGUUUAAAGCUCUACAUCGUAAAAAGUUUG